CGAUAGCUCGAACGGAAGACAAAUCGACGAAAUCAAACGAACGGGUCAAAUUGAGUCAAAAUACGAAAUCGACCAAUCAAUCCGGCGUGGAGGUUAAUCUGCCGGCGAUAUCAACUCGGGGCAGCGGCCGGAUGCGGCGACGGUGACGGACGCCGGCGACAGUGGCGUAGCGGCAGCUCGACGGCGGUGAGCAGCGACUGGCGGCGCUGAAAUCGACGGCGAGGAAAACAGCGGCGGCGACUGGCUGGGGAAGGGCAACCGGCGCUGGACUCGACGGCGAUGAUGGUGGUCGCCGGUAGGGGAGGCGACGGACUUCCGGCGAAGGUGAAACAACAGCUGGGAGCUCGGCAGCUGGAGGCUCGGGCGACGGCGAUGAGCGGCGACGCCGGCGUUUGGCGUGGCGGCGCUGCACCCGUCGGCGAUGAUGGCGGCGGCUACUGGCGAAGGAAGCAGCGGCGCCGCUGGAGGCUUGGCGACGCUGGGCGUCGACUGCUCCAAUUGGACGGCGACGACCGGCGGCUGGCUCACGGCGGCGAUGUUGGCUGGGUUGAUUUCAGCAACAGGAAAGAUCACGACUUAUUCGAAUAAACUAAAGAUUAUUCAAAUAGAAAGAGAAACAAAAAAAAGAAAUAUGAGUAAUUAUUUUGUUAUGAUUACUGUCUGUCAUGAUGGUUUGCAGGAACAUAUAAUUGUGUCCUUUUCGAGUGGUUAGUUUUCCUUUGCGUCUUUUAUACUUGCCCUUUCUUUCUUUCUUGUUUAGGGUUUUGCUUUCUCAUCAUAACCCCAGAAUUAUAUUCAUUGCUUCCUGAACAAAUCUUCUUUGAUUUCUCGAAAAGAAAAAAGAGAGUACAGAUUUGGGCAAUUGAAAUGCUUUUUAAUUUUGGGUGUUAGAUCUAUCUAUGAUUGAUCUUUUUCUUGAAAUUUCAGAUCUGAAAAUUUCUUUUCUUGAAUCUGAACUAAUAAUGUUGCAAGGAUGAAUUGGACACAGGUACGAGGAUGCUGGGGGGCCGAAUUGAACCGUAUUUUAAAUUUCGGGUAGUUUGAGGAUCAAAUGAAGAGAAUCUGAUACCUUUCUAAUGGUGUGGCCGGUGCAGGAAAGCAAAGCUUUAGCAUCUGCUGGCAAAGCAAAAUAUAUUAUUAAAAAAAAAGUUUCUUGAUUG